CCCGUGUCCCCUGCAUCGGCAGGCGGACUCUCAACCACUGCGCCACCAGGGAAGCCCUGCUGUAUGUUUUUGUAGGUGCCUCUUAUCAGAUUGAGGAAGUUCUUCUCUCUCGUGUUAUUGCUGUGGUACUUGCGAGAAUGAACAAGACCUGUGAAAUGAAAUACAGAAUGAUGGACAGCCCUCUGGGGAAGAUCGAGAUCUCCGGCUGCGAGCAGGGUCUGCACGGGAUAAAGCUGCACGGCCGGAAGAUCCCAGACACUGACCCCGUGGAGGCCCCCGCUCCUCCUGAGCGGCUCGGAGGUCCAGAGGAAGUGACGGAGCCCCUGGCGCAGUGUGCGGCUUGGCUGGGUGCCUAUUUCCAUGAGCCCGCGGUCCUCGAGGAGCGCCCCGUGCCUGCUCUUCACCAUCCCAUUUUCCAGAAAGAUUCGUUCACCAGACAGGCGCUGUGGAAGCUGCUGAAGGCUGUGAAAUUCGGAGAGACGAUUUCUUACCAGCAAUUAGCGGCCCUGGCGGGCAACCCCAAAGCAGCGCGGGCCGUGGGAGAGGCGAUGAGAAGCAAUCCUAUGCCCAUCCUCAUCCCGUGCCAUAGAGUCGUCUGCAGCAGCGGAGCCCUGGGCGGCUACUCUGGAGGCGUGGCCGUGAAAGAGUGGCUUCUGGCCCACGAAGGCAGCCCGGCGGGGAAACUGGCAUGUGGAGGGGGCUCCCGUCCAGCGAGAGCCUGGCACGGGGCCCUGGGUGGCACCACCAGCUCCCAGCCUGCUGGCCAGGAUUGAGUGUUUGUAGUAACAGCUUGCUGGGAGCACGGCAGGCGGCGGCACUGCCACGUUAAAGGGGCUGGAGCCGUAGGAGUGCCGCGUGUCUGCUCCUUCUUUUCCACAUUUUACGACAAAGUGAGUUCAGAGACUGGCCGCCGUGCGUCUAACCUGUUUCCUUCUCUCACACUGUCACUGUUCCAUUUCUAAUACUGUUAAGUCGGGGCUGAGACAGUGGGGGGCUGGCAAACAUGAGGGCGACUGCCCCGGAAGGAGGGGGCAUCCGGCGCCCGCCGGGAACCGCUGGCUGCCUCGGGCACCACACCUGUGCCUGGAGCCAGCCAAGGCCCCCAGGGCCCUGGACCCCCAUGCAGGCCCAUCCCAGGCUGCAGCCGUGUCCGCCCACUGCGUGCUCCCCGCCUGCCCUCUCCUUUGGCUGUUGAAGCUGCCGGGAUGAUGCUGCUGGAGGAGAGGGGACGGGCCCUGGAAACAGGCGCUUACUGACAUUCUCCAGCCUUAUUUUUCCAACUGCCAGAAAGCGAAUGCAGGAUGCAUCCACCGGGGGUCAUGUCAGUGGAAAGAAAAUAACCGCUUGCCAGAAAGAUUUGGGAAAACAAACAGCUCUUGGCGCGUGGGCGUGGUUGAAAUGGCAUCUCUCUGAGGAAUGGAGUCUAUCCCAGCCUUUCUCUGGACAGAAGGUGACGAGGGAUGCCGACCUCUCCUUCCUGACACCUGACGUCGAGCCUGGAAGUCCAGGGUCACACACGAAGGCGGGUCAGCUCUUGUCACUGACGGCAGAGAGGAGCGUCUCCAGCAUCUGCCGGGCACAUGGUCUGAUACUUCAGCACCGUGUUGUCGCUUUAGGGUUAUAAUUGACUUAUCCAGAAAGCGUAAGGGAAACUUGUAGCUCUGUUUGUGGGUAAAUAAUAUGUUGUAUGGAGAAAAUAAACCAUGCCCAAGUG